CUGUAAAAGGAAAAAUAAUUUCUACAAAAGAUUUGUAAUUGUUUUGUCUUUUAGCUUAGAACAUCUUCCGCAUUGAAAAAGAAAAUGAGUAACACCAGCGCCAACAUUACGAAUGGUGGUAUUACUCCACCUCAGGAAAAGCGUGACCUGCUUGCGCUUCUGAAGCUUAUAAAGAAAUACAACCUCAAGCAAACAGAGGAGCUUCUAUGUCGCGAAGCCAAUAUCACAAAUCAGGAAUUGGAGGAAGUCAAUGAUAUUGAAAUAAACACACUUCUAACGUCAGCUCUCGUGGAUGGACACGACCAUCAAAAUGGAUUGGUAGCAAGUGGUAGUGGUGGAUCCGGUAAUGACCCAGAAAUACAUGAAGCAGCUUAUGCAGAUCUGCGUAAUUUCGUCGAGGAGUCUCUAGAUAUUUAUAAACAUGAGUUGUCUAUGGUUCUCUAUCCAAUACUGGUACAAAUCUAUAUUAAACUUAUUCAAGGAGGAUUCGCAGAACAAGCCCGAAAAUUUGUGGAGAAAUGUGGCCCAGAUUUAGAUCAUUACUACCGCGAAGAUUUGCAAAAUUUAUUAAUGAUAACCAAAAGGUCUGAUCUAGAAAAUAACGAUUUCGUGACCGCAAUGGAGCUAGACAAGUUCGUUAUUCGCAUGUCACGGGAUUCUCAUUCGCUAUUUAAACGACAUAUACAAGAUCGAAAGCAGGAGGUGAUAGCAGAUAUAGUCGCAAAAUUUUUGCAUUUUGAUACCUACGAAGGAACUGCGCGCAGCAAGUCUCAAUGCGAUAUCAAUACUGGAUCUUUAGUUGGCGAAGCAAAACGUCAAGAUAAUAAAAUACGCGUUUACUAUGGUCUAUUAAAAGAAGUUGAUUACCAAACGUUGACAACUCCUGCACCUGCGAUGGUGGAAGAAGAAGAUGAUAAUGAUCCUGAUGCACCCGACAAGCCUAAAAAGAAAAAACCCAAAAAAGAUCCGCUUUUCUCCAAAAAAUCAAAGUCUGAUCCUAACGCACCUGCUAGUGAUCGAAUUCCACUGCCCGAAAUGAAAGAUGCCGAUAAAAUGGAAAAGGUAAAAGCUUUGCGUGAAUCUUCCAAACGCGUACCACUAAAUAAAGAUUCACUUCCGUCUGUUUGUUUUUAUACGAUACUCAAUGCACAUAAUACCGUUACAUGUGCUGAAAUUUCAGAAGACUCUACCAUGAUGGCUGUGGGUUUUACCGAUUCCAGCAUUAAAGUAUGGUCCCUUACCCCAGCGAAAUUGCGAGAAAUGAAGAGCGCCGAGUUACUUAAAGAUAUAGACAAAGAUGCUGAAGACAUCAACACUCGCAUGAUGGAUGAUAGGACAGGCGAGGCAUCCCGUACGUUCUAUGGUCAUAGUGGGCCGGUCUACCGCUGCGCCUUUGCCCCAGAAAAAAAUUUAUUGCUGUCCUGCUCCGAAGAUACCACAAUUCGUCUGUGGUCGUUCCAUACGUGGACAUGUGUUGUUGUUUAUAAGGGUCAUCUCUUCCCCGUUUGGGAUGUUCGUUUCUCUCCACACGGUUAUUAUUUUGCGUCAUGCUCAUAUGAUAAGACGGCUCGACUUUGGACAACGGAUUCGAAUCAACCACUGCGGAUGUUUUGCGGUCAUCUAUCGGAUGUGGAUUGUGUACAGUUUCAUCCUAAUUCGAAUUAUAUUGCCAGUGGUUCAAGUGACCGCACAGUUAGAUUGUGGGAUGUCCUAAACGGACAAUUAGUGCGGCAAAUGUGUGGUCACAAGGGGCCUAUUUACUCCUUGGCAUUCUCUACGUGUGGGCGUUAUUUGGCAUCUGGUUCUUCAGAUCACACCGUCCUUAUAUGGGAUUUGUCGCAUGGCCAACUUGUAGCAUCACUAUUACGACAUACAGGUUCAAUACAUACGAUGUCCUUCAGUCGGGAUGGAAAUAUAUUAGCUGUUGGUGGUUUAGACUGCGUGCUGACUUUGUGGGACUUUUCGAAACUCACUGAGGAUUACUUGGCACAGACCGGAGCAUCCUCACACAAUCCUGACCUAAACGACAGUGAAACAUACCUGCUCCGCUCAUUUCCAACCAAAUCCACUCCCUUCCUUGCGCUGCAUUUUACACGCCGAAACUUAUUAUUAGCAGUUGGCAUGUUCAAGUCAUCCUAAAAUGGCAGGUAGUGGUGGGGUGAAUAGAUUUAAGUGAUUCAUUACAUUAAUACAUAUGAAGUAUUCAUUUUAAUGUGUAAUAAAGUGACU